AUGAUUGAAACUAGUAACUGGGUUGUACAGAAAUUUGGUGGUACCAGUAUUGGUAAAUUUUCCAAGCAGAUUGUAAAUGAAAUCAUCAAAGUGUACUCUCAGGAAUACGACAAUAACGUGGCUGUCGUGUGUUCUGCUAGGUCUUCGUACACUAAAGCUGAAGGUACUACUUCCAGAUUAUUAUUGGCAUGUGAUCUAGCGUCAAACAACAACUAUGAAUAUAAGAACGUUCUUGAUUUAGUCGAGAGAGAUCAUGUCGCAAAUGCAGAAGAGUCUGUCAAGGAUAUUACCAUCCAAGAGACUUUAAUUGAGGAUACCAAGAGAGAAAUAAAUAUUGUCAGGAGAUAUCUGGAUGCCUCUCAAGUCUUGGGUGAGGUGUCUACAAGAACUUUGGAUUUAGUUAUGUCAUUGGGUGAGAAACUAUCCUGUUUGUAUGUGACUGCUCUUUGUCAGGAUAAUGGUGUCAAUGCGAGAUAUGUGGAUCUCUCUUUUAUUGUUCCAAGUGAUUACGAAUGUAAGGAAGGUACUCUGGAUAAUAGUUUCUACACCUUCCUCGUCACCGCUUUUAGAGAGAAGCUAUCGCCGAUCUUAAAAGAAACCGAGAAUGGCACCAAGAUCAUUCCUGUCAUUACUGGGUUCUUUGGAGUCGUUCCAAUGGGUCUACUUAAUGGUGUUGGUAGAGGAUAUACUGAUCUAUGCGCCGCCUUGAUCGCCGUCGCACUAAAUGCUGACGAAUUACAAGUAUGGAAAGAAGUUGAUGGUAUCUUCACCGCCGAUCCAAGAAAAGUACCCCAAGCAAGACUGUUAGACACAGUUACACCCGACGAAGCUGCUGAGUUAACUUACUACGGUUCAGAAGUCAUUCAUCCAUUCACCAUGGAACAGGUUAUCAGAACUCACAUACCGAUUAGAAUUAAAAACGUCCAAAACCCUAAGGGUAACGGUACUAUUAUUUACCCAAGCGAUCAAGCCAAGAAGGGUGAAUCCACACCUCCACAUCCACCUGUAGCGUUAACAUCCUCUAUCUUCGAAUCCAAAAAGAAAGGCGCUACGGCCAUCACUACUAAAUCUGAUAUUGUUGUGGUUAAUAUACAUUCUAAUAAGAAGACGUUAUCUCAUGGGUUCUUGGCAGAAAUGUUCUCUACGUUGGAUAAAUAUAAACUAGUUGUGGACUUGAUUUCUACUUCUGAGGUCCACGUCUCUAUGGCCCUUCCUGUACCUGAUUCAGAUUCCCUAAAGGCUUUACGGUGUGCUGUUGAAGAGUUAAAGAGACUAGGUACAGUCGAUGUUAUUAAGAAAAUGGCAAUUGUCUCUCUGGUCGGUAAGCAGAUGAAGCAAUUUGUUGGUAUUGCUGGUACUAUGUUUACAACCUUAGCUGAACAACAUAUUAAUAUUGAAAUGAUUUCUCAAGGUGCUAAUGAAAUUAAUAUCUCUUGUGUCAUUGAUGAGAGCAAUGCAGUGAGAGCUCUUCAGUCUAUUCAUGCAAAAUUAUUAGAUUCUCCGCAGAAUGAAAAUUUUGAAUCAGCAGUGAAUGAAAGGUUGGAACAAAUCAAGCAAAUGUCUUUAUAG